AUGUCAUACAUAUACAGAGAGCGUGAACGAGAACGCGACUGGGAUGAACCUCGUUCUCCAGUUACGAUCAAACGUUACGUCAUCUCCCCCGAAGAAGAGCGAGAGCGAGAGCGAGACGUUCUCUACCGACGCGAAGAUCCCUUGACUGGUGACCGAGAGAUGGUGAUUCGGCGGUCUACUGACCGGGAGGAGCCCGUCAUGCUUCAACGUUACGAGCGCGAUGUUGACUACGAUUCCCGCAGCUAUGACUACCGUUCCGAGAGGGAUUAUUACGAACGUGAGUACAAAGAGCCUGAACAGCUCCAUCGCUAUGAUCCUACCCCCGUUGUCAUUCUUGAGAGACAACCAGUACUUAUGGUUGAAGCUCGAGGUCCUGUCUACGUCAACCCGCGGGAAUCCGACUAUGAGGUUGUCCAUCGCUCCGAAGUGGACCGAGAACCCGGGUACUAUUAUCAUCGCCGUGUUCGCGAAUAUGACAACGAUCGUCGUUUUCACCGUGAACUUAGCCCUAGCGACUCAGUGUCCCAGACUACCCGUCGUCGGGAUGACCGGGAUGAUCGCGACUAUAGCAGCGAUGAUAGCAUGGUCUACAUCCGCAAAGAGACCCGUGAGUAUGAUGACCACCCACACCAUCGACGUCAUCUUGCCGAGGGUGCUUUGGUGGGAAUUGGUGCUGCAGAAUUACUCCGCAGUCGUCGGAAAAAGGAAGGGGAAGACGUCUCGAGUGGUGUGGGUCGUCUCGGACGGGAUAUUGGUGCUGGUGCCCUGGGUGCUGUAGCAGUGAAUGCGGCAUCCCGAGCCAGAGAUUACUAUCGUAGCAAGAGCCGGCAUCGUUCGCACUCAUUUGACGAUGAUCGAAGCUCACGCUCGCAUCACCACCAUCAUCAUCACAGUCACAGCCACUCCCGUCGCAGUCGCAGCCGCAGCCGCAGCCGCUCUCAUUCUCAUUCCCGAGCGAGAACUUUGGCAGAACUUGGCCUCGGUGCUGCUGCUAUUGCUGGCGCCGUGGCCCUUGCUCGUAACAAAUCUAAAGAUGAGCGACGAAGCCGUUCUCGCCAUCGAAGUAGGUCCCGACACCACCGUUCAUCUUCUGUCAGGUCUGGAAGGACUACCGAUGGCGAAAAGCGCAGCGAGUCGCAACGCAGGAAGCAUAUGGCGGGCGCUGGCUUGGCUGGUGCUGCGGUGGCUGGUCUCGUGGAGAAGGCACGCAGUCGCUCCCGCUCUCGAGAAGAAAGAAGAGGGCGAAGCUUCGCACCGCAGGGCACGAUCGAGAUCUCGAAGCAGGCGCCAUCCGAAGUCUACCCUGACCCGACACGGGACUCGGCUGGUUUGAUCGAGUAUGGUCAGGAUCCGGUCCACGGAAGGAUCCCCACGGCAGACUACUACGGGCGGCCUACUAGUCAACAGGCUUAUUACUCUGAUGCUUCUGACCCGGCUGUGAGCGGCACGGGAUUUGGCUCGUCCCGACACCGUGGUCGCAGCAUUAGCCGCAGCCGCAGUCGGAGCCGUGGUGGAAGACACAGUGGUAGUCCGUCUGGGUCUGACAGCGAUCGCAGAAGACGGCGAAGGGGACAAGAUAAGCAUCGUAGCCGGUCUCGUGACUUAACUGAGGCUGCUUUGGCCGCAACCGGCGUCGGUUAUGCGGCUCACAAGUAUUCGCAGCGGAGAGAGCGCAAGAAGGCGGAACAAGAGAGGGAAAGGCCAAGAUUUGACGAGGACACACGCCAGGACUCGUAUGGCGAACCGUUUAGCCUGAACCAUAUCAUCACACUGCUCUGCCUCCACAACCGGUUGAACAGCAAUACUACCCUAAUACCAAUUAUUUCCCACCACCUCCGGGGUCCGCUCCUCGACCAGCUGGAAGCACAGCCCCGUACAACCCGGCUGAUUAUCCUCCUCCACCCGGCGCGGUUCCACCUUCGCAGCCAUAUGGCUAUCCUCCCCCUCCAGGACCCGAGUCAUUCGUGUCUCGCCCCCGCAGGGCAGAUGAGAAUGUGA